AUGUCGAUCUUCGGUGCUCGUGUGAUAAGUAACAGUUUUUUGAGGAGAGUCAUCUCGACAGACUUUUUAGCCUCUAGCAAUCGUUUCAUUAGGUCAGCGGCUGUCUACCAUUCGAAAUAUCAGUCGAGCUGCAAGAUGUCGUCUGAAUCAACAAAAAACAUCAAAUAUCUCACCCAAAACGAAGCAAUCGAAAUUGAUCAACAAUUAUUCAACGAAUAUGCGUUCAGUGUGGAUCAGCUAAUGGAGCUUGCUGGAUUAAGUUGUGCGAACGCGGUAACAGAUUCAUUUCCGAAAGGGAAUGUUUUAGUGGUGGUUGGGCCUGGUAACAAUGGUGGUGAUGGCUUUGUUUGCGCUCGUCAUCUUAAGUUAUUCGGGUACACACCCUCAGUUCUCUAUGCGAAACCGUCAAAUACAGAUCUGAUGAAACGUCUCCAAACACAAGUAACAAAGAUGGGUAUUGAUUUCGUGAGCGUUGAUUCAGUGACCAAUAAUCCAUCAGACAUCUCCAAAAACUACUCAUUGAUCAUUGAUGCCAUGUUUGGAUUCAGUUUCAAACCUCCGUUAAGGGCGCCAUUCGACGCCAUUAUUGAUGCUGUUGUCAAAAGCAAUGUGCCUGUUUUUUGCAUCGAUAUUCCUUCAGGAUGGCAUGUUGAAAAAGGACCAUCACCAGGAGAAUGUUCUUCGGAUGCAUCAGAAAGAAUAAUAAAACCAAGUGCUUUAAUAUCAUUAACCGCACCAAAACUGUGUGCCCAACAUAUACCGAAAGGAUGCGUGCAUUAUCUCGGUGGUCGAUUCGUACCCCAGUCCCUCGCUGAUCAGCAUCUAUUGAAUCUACCACCAUACCCGUCAACCAACUGCUUUCUUAAAUUGUCUUCUUAA